UCCCCUCUAAAUAGGUGGUAGAUCUCUGCGAAAAACUAGAAUCCGCUCGACGAGCAUCGAGUGCGCCUCGUUUUAACUCACAUUUUAAAACUUUUCUGCCCACCGCUCCUACCGGACAGCCGGACAGCCGGACAACUGGACAAUUGGAUAGUCGGACCAGUAGGAGACUAUACUAGUGAAUUGUUAGCUUGUUAGUAGUGCAGUGUUGUGAUUGAUCACCAGAUCGAUAGUGCAGUGCCAUUAGAACCAGGAUUAUAGUGUAAAAUGCAUCUGCCAGAAGGCCCGCUAGGCAUGGAUAGCUUCAGCACCAUCCACGACGCACUUCGUGCCUGCCACGGCGACCUCGUGCAGACCGGAAGCCCUGCGAUCCUCUGCACCGCCUUGCCCACCCACUGGCGAUCUAACAAGUCCUUGCCGGUCGCUUUCAAAGUUGUAGCCCUUGAUGAAGUCAGCGAUGGCACUCCGGUGAUGAUACGCGCCGGUAAUGAUGAAAAUUGCUGCGGGGAACUCAGAAACUGCACCGCUGUUAUGAAGAACCAGGUCGCUAAGUUUAAUGAUCUUAGAUUUGUUGGGAGAAGUGGAAGAGGAAAAUCAUUUUCGCUGACGAUACAAAUCAGCAGCCAACCGUCGCAAAUAGCUACUUACACCAAAGCGAUAAAAGUAACCGUAGACGGACCUCGAGAGCCAAGAUCUAAAUCAAAUUAUCAAUACGGACCUGGCUUUCCUGGACUGGGGCUGCUCAAUCCCUGGAUAGACGCUGCUUACCUAGGGCACGCAUGGCACCUGCCACAUCCUGCACUCAUCAAAGGAGCAAUGCCAAUGCCGCCAGCGGAUUUAUUCCCUCCAGCCUUCACACCCAGUAUGUUACCCUCAACGUACCCGUUCCACGAGCACGUAAAAUUCCCGACGGAGUAUCCGGGUAUGCCAACGACGAAGACACCAGCCUUGCCAACGAGCCCAUCUCGGAGUCCUCCAAGAAGUCCCAGUGAAACUAGCAGCGAAUCUGAAGAAGUACGCAGUGCCUUUGUGCCGAUUCGCCUCAACACGCUGUCUAACGUCAGCGUCAACGGUACCAACAAUGUAAUCGCCGUGACGAGUGACGGAUGCAAGAGAACGCCACCAGCGACCCCUUCCAGCCCUCCGGUGAAGAAAGAAAGCGGACGUUGUGAGCUUAAAGCACCGACGAAGCUGUCUUCAGUGGCUUCUAAGCCCGUUUGGAGGCCUUAUUAAAUUUGGAGUGGGUGGUUGAGAACUUUGGAAGGCUAGUGAUGCGUACUUAUAUGUUAUAUUUUAUGUAAAUACCGUGUAAAUAAUUGAUAUUUAUAUUUAUUGUACAAAUUGUAAAUACCAAUGGACGAACAAUGUUUACAAAUGAAAUGAUUAACCAUGAGAUGAAUGUUUAUGAGGGAGAGCCACGAGACUGUAUGAUAGCCGGCAUAUUUAUUGUCUUAAACUGUCUGUAAUUUAUUGUAAGUUCAAACAGAGAUUUAAUGUAAAGAGAUUAUUAUAGCAGAGAUUAAAUAAAUUUAAAUUAAAUAAA